AUUAAACCCUAUAUUUUAAAACUUCCGCACUAAAAUAACAAUGUUUCAUUCCUCUUUUUUUCUUCUUCGUUGCUCUUUUUUUCACUGCAUAAAAACGAAGAAAAAAUGUUACCUACCAGCCAUGACGUGAAAAAGGAAAAAUUAAAAGACACUAUGUUAGGUCUUCAUUGGGCCGCAAUUACUGGCAAUGUCGGCCUUGUAAAAUUUGCUCUUGACCAUGGUGUACCCAUUGACUCGACUGUGAAUGGCUUUGUGCCAUUACAAUUAGCUUGCAUUAGCGAUAACAACAUUGCUGUUGUUCAAUACCUCAUUGAUCGAGGGGCCGAUGUCAAUAUGCAAAAAUGGUCAAAGAAACAUUGUGUCGACAAGUCACAAGCAGUACCAGGAGCAACAGGAUCCACUGCUCUUCAUGUGGCGUGUGCUAAUGGGUGCAUUAAGAUUGUUGACCUUUUACUACGAAAUUAUGCGACGGUGGAUCUCAAGGAUAAGUAUGGUUCCACGCCAUUAGACGUCGCACAAGCGAAACAUGAAACCGAAAUCGUCCACCUAUUAAAAGCCGCUAAAGUUAAACCGCAAAAAGACGGCCUAUAUAAACGUACCGAUAAACAGAAGCGAAGACCGAGUAUGCCAUCUAUCUUUGAAGGAAGGCAACAACAGCCUUUGCCGCCAACGCCUCCGCCGCCACCUUUGUUGACCAUGACGCCUUAUGAGUUUACUCAAAAGCGGAGUUUACCGCACAGACCAUCUGUGGAUGAAAACUCUGUUACACUAAGUUAUGUUAGCAUACCCUCGUCCCAUUCCUCUUCUGAUGAAUGCCCUCGUAUUAUACCAUCUUCUCCUGCGACAAGUCUAUCUACAACAACGGACGGUUCUGAAGGACAAGAUUAUUAUGGUUAUGGUGUUGUAAAUACUUAUGACGAAGAUAACUAUCUAUUAUCAUUAGAGAAGCGAGCCUACAAUUUGGGGACAAAUAAGAAUGGCGAGCUUGAGCGUCAUUCCCAGGACAUUUCAAGGUUUGAUUAUAUCACCCCUUGUUCACCGCCAACCGGUCUAAAUUAUACGCAUAGUACAUCAUCUUCAUUUAACGAAUCAGAUCACGAGGAAGAAGAAGAUCAUACAUUUGAUGAUUACCCGAUGCGGUAUAGCAUGGACCAGCCAGAAACCAAGCGAGGCUGGUUCAGCGGAUUUGGCAAGGAAGUUGGGCGUCAUUCCUUGGAUAGUAUUCAUCGUAAAGAACACCAUGAUCUUCGACCUGAUAUUUUUAUUGGAAAGAAAACAGACGAUCAUAAAACAGGAUUUUUUUCAAGGUGGACUCCUGCAUGGUCAAAAAAAUAAUUCUUCUGAAUUGUAUUUAACUGUAAAUAAAAAACAACUACUCCUUUCUUUAGAUUAUGA